AUGAAGGGAAACCUAAGCAUCCGAUUAUUCUUCGGGCUUUGUAUUGCGGGUACCUUUCUGAUGUUUGCCUUGUACCUUCUUGUUUCUGUUGGCUCACCAAGAAAGCCUGUGGACGCCACCGCACUUAUCUUACAUGUAGAUUCUGUUGCUGCUUCAACAAAAGAAAAUUACAUCAAAGAUGGAAAUGUUGCUGCAACAAAAGAAAACGACAAUAAAGAUAGAAUUGCGGCUAUAACAAAAGAAAAUGACAAUAAAGAUGGAAUUGCGGCUUCAACUGAAGAACAAAACAAUAAAGACAGAAAUGCUGCUUUAAUUAAAGAAAAGAAUACAAAAGAUGGAAAUGCUGUUUCAACAAAAGAACAUGACAAUAAAGACGGAAAUUCUGCUUCAACAAAAGAAAACAACAAUAAAGAUGGAAAUCCUGCUUUAACAAAAGAAAAGAACAUCAAAUAUGAAAAUGUUACGUCAACAAAAGAAAACGACAACAAAGAUGGAAAUGCUGCUUCAACAAAAGAAAAUGACAAUAAGGACAGUAAUGCUGCAUCAACAAAAGAAAAUGACAACAAAGAUGGAAAUGCUGCUUCAACAAAAGAAAAUGACAAUCAAGACAAAAAUGCUGCUUCAACAAAAGAACAAAAUAACAAAGACGGAAAUUCUACAUGGCCGAAAAAAAUAACGAAUGAGCAGAUAUUCGUCACAAAUGUGGAAAAUUACCUCAAGGGUCUUACUGAAGGGAACCAUUGUAAGACUUUCUUGCGGAAAGUUAUUCAAAGGGCAAAAUCAAGAACGAACGGAUGGCAAUCUUUUCAGAACCAUUCGUUGCUCGACAGCCAGUUCAUUCGUUAUUUGAAAUGUCCAACAUCGGUACGUAUGAGAAUGAUGUCGGACCAACCUGCGAGGCAUUUCGCUGCCGAAACACCCAUCUUGGCCUGGAAUAAACACUACAGCAAGGCAGAGUACCAGCGACUUACCAACUUUGGUGGUACCUUUGGAUGGAAAGAUAUAAAGGAGAUGAGUAUCGCUUCUGCCCUCGCUCUCUUAAACUCCUCCCACAACAGAUACUUGUUUGACGAUCGUAUGGUGAAAGGUAGAAUUCCUAACGACAAGAAAUGCAUCCGAUGUGCGGUGGUUGGAAAUGGUGGCAUACUCAACGGUUCGAUGAUGGGCAAAGAAAUCGAUGCAAACGAUUAUGUGUUCAGGGUAAAUACAGCUUUAACCAAAGGUCACGAGAACGAUGUUGGUACCCGGACGUCUUUCUAUUGUUUCACGCUUGUAACCUACUCCAAUUCCAUCGCUCAACGAUUCAGAACCGGGUUCUACGGUGCACCAGCUGACGAGGGUAUACGAUAUGUGUUCUUUGCCAAUAGUUUAUGGACUUACAAAUUUAUCUCAGCUGUUUUGAACAAACGGCGGCCGCCCAGGGUUUCUUCACGCAAAGGAUGGUGGAUGAUGCCUCCAAAGUUUCCAAAGCAACUAACAGCGAACAACAUCAAGCUGGUUCACCCUGACUUCAUGAGAUAUCUUAAACUAAGUUGGGUAAACUCCCCGGCCAAAUUUAGAAGCGUUCAUACACCUUCAACGGGUGCCAGUAUGCUGCUUCUGGCGUUACACACAUGUGACGAGGUAAACGUGUAUGGUUUUGGAGGAAGCGACGCCAAGUUUUCCGACCAUUAUUAUGACAAGACCUUCUACAAACGGGUUCAUUACGCCAACCACGACUUCAGGGCAGAGGACAAACUAUGGCACCUUCUACACGAACGUGGUAUUAUUAACUUGUACACAAGAGCCUAAAGGCAGUGGACACUAUUGGUAAUUACUCAAAAUAAUUAUUGGCAUCAAACCUUACUU